AUGGCGUCUAGCAGUCAUGCUGUUGAUGAUUUGGGAGUGCAGUGGGCCGAUCUACAGGUCGAAGAUGAAGAGGGAGGAGGCUUACUGUUUGAUCAAGAAGAGAGUUUGGUGGAUGAUUUUGAUGGAAGAUGGUGUUUGGUGGGCAAGUUAUUGGCGGAUAGACCGGCAGAUUUUGAUUCUUUAAGAAAUGUUAUGGCAUCGCUGUGGAGGCCAGGGAAAGGUAUGUAUGUCAAGGAAUUGGAAACUAAUAAAUAUUUAUUCCAAUUCUUCCAUGAAGUGGAUAUUGGUAGAGUUCUUGAGGGUACCCCAUGGACGUUCAAUAAGAAUCCUUUGAUUGUUGAACGAUUGAAGGAAGGUGAGAACCCGAGGAACAAGGCGUUAAAUACGAUGGAGAUGUGGGUUCAAGUUUAUAAUCUGGAAGUGGGAUUCCGAUCGGAUAGAGUCUUGCAAGGGGUGGGUGCUUAUAUUGGGCAAUAUGUUUCCUCCUGUCCAAAGAAUUUUGCCGGUAUUUGGCGAGAUUACUUCCGUGUUCGGGUGUUGAUUAACGUGGAGAAGCCUCUCAAACGAAGAAUGCGGAUUUACAAGAACAAGGUGGAGUGGUUCUGGGCUAACUUCAAAUAUGAAAGAGUCCCAACGUUUUGUUUUAUUUGCGGUAUUAUCGGACAUUCCGAACGUUUCUGUCACCGGUUGUUUGAGGAAUCAGCAAACACCAUUGCCAAACCUUACGGUAUGUUCAUGAAAGCGCCUGACCGGAGACAAUCUAAACAAAUCGGGGCUCGAUGGCUGCGAGAUAAUAUGGGACAGCCACUAGAGGGGGCUGCUGGACUGAGCUCGACGGUGGGAAAGGAUGAAAGGACAUUGAAUGUUGAUCAUGAUUUGGGGGAUUCGAUGUUGAUGGAGGGAGUGAUUGGUGGAGUAAAUGGUGGAAGAUCUUUUGGUGUUAAUACCAAUUCUGGUAAUAGCACAAUUAACGUGGACAAUAAUGAUGGGAGGGAGUUGCAUGGGGAAGAAGGAAUAAAUAAGGGAAUUGAAAAUGGGGAUAUUGUCAUUAUAGAUCUAAAGAGGAGACGUGUGAAUGAGGGAGAGGUGAUUGGUCAAUCAAGUGAGGAAAAUGUGGGGCUGAAGUUGAAUGGGAGGGAAGGGGACGUGGAGCUAUUUCAGGAAGGUACUAAUAUGGAAAGUGGCAUUUUUGCAAAUGGGGUUAAUGGAAAUGAUAAUGGGUCAUUACAAAUGGAAAAGCCCAGUGGGGGAGAUGGUUCUUUAAGCAAAAAAGCUGACACUUUUGUUGGUAUUUUUCCAAAAAACGAUUAUUUGGCGGGUACUCAGUUUGGGGCCCGCCAAUCGUUAUGA